UUCAGGACGAUGCUGUUCUGCAGGAAAUAUCCGGCUAACAAAUCAACACGUGUACAGCGAUUACAGCCCGUGCCUUAGCGCCGCACGUCUCACGCGCUCUAAACCGCACUACAGCAGGACAACGUUUUCGCAGUCUGUAAUUUCCUAAAUCCAGCAGUAUUGCUGCUUAUACUUAUACGAGUCUUGUAUAAUACAAGGUGUGCAUUGAGACCGCAGGCCAGUCUGUUUGCAUAAGGUAUUGAAAGUAAAAAGAGUGAAAUGGAAGAGGCGCAGAUUGAGCUUUUUUCCGAAGACUGGGAAGAAACUCAGAAUGAGUGCUAAUGUUACUGUCUUACGUUAAACAUGGUCACCGACAGAUAAAGGGCCUCCAUUAAGGGCCCUUGCAUAGUUUUCCCGAAAGGGCAGAGAUGCUGUAAUGCAAAGGGCAGUGAAACCAAGCAGAGCGGAGGGAAUCAGUCCUGCUUUGCAUCUCGUCAGUCUGUCACGGAGGUCUGGCCCGGUGUCAGAUAGGGUGGUGUCUGUCCGGUAUCAGUCAGGAUCGGGGUACUGGUCCUAUGGAGACGACGAGGAUUCUUACGCACGUAGAUACAAAGGAACCCCAUGGUGCGCUCCCAUAAAGGUGAAGCACGGGUAUGUCAGCUGUCGCUCCCCACGGGGGGAGCACUACCUGAACGUGAUGGGUGCCCGCUGCACCAUCCGCUGCAAGAAGGGCUAUGAGAUGCACGGCUCCAGCGAGGUGCUCUGCAUGGCCAGCAAGCGCUGGUCUGGCAGCUAUGCUUGCCGAGAGAUUCGGUGCCCAAAGCUGGACAUGCCGGCCAAUGGAGGAUACAAGUGUUCCGACGGCUCCUACUUUAACUCCAGGUGUGAGUUCUUCUGCUCUCCGGGUUACACGCUGAAGGGGGAACGUUUCGUCACCUGCCUGAGCAGCAAGACCUGGAGCGGAGGACAGAGCACCUGCGUGGACAUCGAACCUCCCAAGAUCAAGUGUCCCAGCAUCAGGGACAAGACGGCAGAUCCGGGGAAGCUGACGGUGCGGGUGACGUGGGACACGCCGGAGGGGAAGGACACAGCCGAUGGCAUCCUGACGGACGUGAUUCUUAAAGGAAAUCCACCUGGCACCCGCUUCACCGAAGGGGACCACAAGAUGUCGUAUACGGUGUACGACCGUGCGGGGAACAAGGCCUCCUGCAAAUUCUCAGUGCGGGUUCGAGUGCGGCGCUGUGGCCCGCUGACUCCGCCCGAGAACGGCUACAUGAAGUGUGACAGCGACACGGACAACUAUGGUGCCACCUGCAUGUUCUCCUGCAUGGGCGGGUUCGAGCUGCAGGGGAGCAGCGCCCGCGUGUGCCAGUCCGGCCUGACGUGGGCCGGCGCCGAGACGACGUGCUUACCCAUGAACAUCAACGUGGGUGUCCGCUCCGCGGCAGCGCUGCUCGACCAGUUCUACGAGAAGAGGAGGGUGCUCAUCGUGUCUGCCCCCACCGCCGCCAACCACUACUACCGCUUCCAGAUGGACAAUCUGCAGCAUUCCCAGUGCGGCCUGGACCUCCGGCACAUCACAGUGAUAGAGCUGGUGGGCACAUACUCGGCACAGAUCGGCCGCAUCCGACACAGAAUCAUCCCUCCCGCUCUGGCCCUACAGCUCAGGCUGCUGCUGCAAAUCUCCCAGAGCAGCUACAACAUGGUGCUGCUGGACAAACAGGGCGUGGACAAGAUGCGCUACACCUUUCCCAUCACGGCCGCUGAGCUGUUCACCACCAUCGACACCUUCCCGCUGCGCAAGGACGAGAUGCUGCUGCAGCAGCAAGCUGGCCAGAGCUGCCAAUCCUAACCCUCCUGGCCAUGUUUCUCCCGCCUCUGCUCCUCUCCGAUUGGCUGGACCACUGUGGGGGUGUGGUCAGGAAGCCUAUGUCCUGCCCUCCUCCCCAAUAACAGAGACCAGCAAUGAAGCGACCACAGAUUUAGAGGACCAGCUUGGAGGUGUGGUGUAAACUUGCAGCUUGCAGUGUUCUUUACCACGGGACCUAGCAGAGUCACUGCUAUUUGCCUACCCUCAUCCUUGUCCCCACCAUGUCGCAUGGCCAUUAACAUUCGCACCAAAGGCAUUCUGGGUACUCAGUAUGCAUGACUUUUGGAAUUGUUUUGUAUGCCUCGUAUUCAUUUGGGGUUUUUAUUAAGAUGGAAUACGGUUUUUACCUAUUACAGUUCUCUGAAAUUCCAUGCUAAAGUCAUCCAUGUAAUUAAUAUUUAUGUUUUUACAAAAUUAAACAUCACAGAUCUUAGAUAUUACGAAUUUUUGCUGUUGGAUUUGCGGCUGUGGCUUCUACUGGUGCAGAGGUGUUUCUGUGACAUCAAGAAAUAAAGUAUCUCUGCUCAGUG